AUGCAUAAAUUUAUAUCAACAUUCAAAUCAUCAAAAUAUUAUCCAUACACAGUAUAUCCUUUCUAAUAAUUAUCAAGAUUACUAAUUUAAGCUAUCCUAAAUUAAUGGAUAAAAUGUUCCAAAAUUGCUAUUCAAUAUUAUAAUCACAAAUAAUUCGAUCUAUAUCCAACCUUUUAAAAUAUUAAGCUAAAUUACAAUUAAAAAAUCAAUUUAACAUUUUUUGAAUAGUUGUCUAAACUUUUACCAUCACAUUCCCCUUAUUUAAAUGUAUUAGAACCAUGUUAUUUGUGGGCUUAAAAUAUGACACAUCUCUUUUUAAAAAUCAAAUUCACUACCAAAAUUGAUAUUCCAGGAGCAUAAACUGUCAAUAAUUUUUAAAUUAAUAUAACUGAACCUUCCUUAUACAUAGAAGCUUAUUCGUUUGAAUUACUUAAUCGGUAUGUUUUAAGAAUAAAAACAUAUAAGUUUAUGAAUCCAACAUAUUUUCAUUAUAAAUUUGUUGAAUUAGGUUAAGUAAUCAUUGAAAUCUUGAAAAGUCCAUCUCCUUAUUUUUGGAAAAAUGUCCAUUCAAAUAUCAUGUACAAUCCUCCAAAUCAAUAUAUAUGGUGGGAUAUGUAUUAUUAAUAUAGAGGAUAAUUAGAAGUGGCAUUUGGAUUAUUAGAAGAUACUGAAAAUAAAAGAGAAGAAAUGGAAAGACAAAAAUUAUCAGAAGACUUAAAGAUGAGAGAAAGCAAAAAAUAAUAUAAAAAAAUAAAAGAGGAUAAUUAAGAAUUAUAUAAAUAAUUAUAUUGUAGAUAUUGUAAUCCUUUAGACGGAGAUGAAUGGUCAAGUUGGAUUAUAUGA